AUGGAACGUAAUAUUGUGCAAGUGAAUAAAAAUGCAUGGCAUUUUAUUUUUGGUAAAUGUGCAUUAUCUGAAAUUUACAAAGUGCUAUAUGAUAAAUAUCCAUCAGAAAAUUAUGUUGGAACGUUUGUUGGUAUGAAACCUGCACUGAUUUUAAGAAAUUUAGAAGAUAUUCAAGCAGUUUUGCAAAGUAAUUUCCAAAGUUUUCAUGGUCGUGGUUAUAAGACGAGUCCAAAAGAUGAACUAGCUGACAAUCUGCUACUGAUAGAUGAUUACUGCCGUUGGAAGUUAAUAAGGCAAAAAAUUACACCAGUUUUCACAUCUUUGAAACUUAAGAAUAUGUUCAGUGUAAUAGAACGGUGUGCUACUGAUUUUUCUACGUAUAUCGAUAAACAUAGACAAUCACAGGAAGAAAUAUUUGAAGCAUUGCAUACAUUUACUUCAGCAUCCAUCAGUGCAUCUGUGUUUGGGAUAAAUUCAACCAUUGAAAAUACGAUGGAAUCACCAAUAUUAGACAAAGGUUGGAAACGAAUUAACUCAAUCUUACUUUUUAAUUUGACAUUUGCCCUAUCAAAUAUCUGUCCAAAAUUACAUAGCUUACUCAAUUUGAAGGUAUUUAGUCAACAUAAAGAUUUUUUUAUUGGUAUUAUGAAGUGUAUAUUAAAAAAUCGUCGGGAAACAAAUGAUAAGAGACAUGACUUCAUAGAUACAUGCUUGGAAUUACAAAGUCAAGGAAAAAUGUGUGACGUUUCAACAGGGUACGAAAUAAACUCAUCUGAUGAAAUAUUGGCUGCCCAGGCGUUUUCGUUCUUCAUAGCUGGUGUGGAUACAGCAGCUAACUCAUUAAACUUUACUUUGACAGAACUUUCUAACAAUUCAAAUAUUUUAAGAAAGUUACACAAUGAAAUAGAUAACGUUUUUGAUGAAACAAAAGACAGAAUGACAUAUCAGGACCUGAAGAAAAUGGAAUAUUUGGAUAUGGUUGUAAAUGAAUCAAUAAGGAAAUAUCCACCAAUCGGUUUAAUGCAACGAUUAUGUACAAAAGACACUGUCUUACCUAGUGGAGGCCCUAAAAUUGAAAAAGGUUCAAUUGUGAUUAUUCCUAUUUAUGGCUUGCACAGAGAUGCCAAAUAUUUCCCGGAUCCCGACAACUUUGAUCCAGAACGAUUUGCUCCAGAGAAUAUUGCAAAAAUUGUGAAAUUCAGCUAUCUACCAUUUGGGGAAGGAAAUCGAAUUUGCCUAGGUGCAAGAUUUGCACAUCUGCAAAUGAAAGCGUGUCUCGCCCGCUUACUGCGACGCUACACUCUGAGAGGGUACAAUUAUACGCCACAGCGUUUCGAGCCGAGCUUCUUUGGUAUGCGCGACUCAAAGGCCCGUUACGACUUAAUUGCUAGAAAUUGUGCU